AUGAGGCAAUUGAUCUUGCUGCUGAUAGUUUUGGUGUGGAGGAUGCUGCCAGGUGGCCUCCAGUGGCUUUUUCUGUCACUCCUCUGCCUCCUGCCCUUUGCCAGCUCCCACACAAAGAUACCACUUGAAACAGUGAAGUCCUGGGCUGAUGCCUUUGGUGGGGACCUAUAUUAUAUUGUCAGAAAAUAUUCCGGCUCUCUUUUAUUACAGAAGAAGUAUAAAGAUGUGGAACCAGCUCUGAAGAUCAAAGAGGUGGAUGGUUUGGAGCUGGUGAAAAAGUUCUCUGAAAAAAUGGAAAGCAUGCUGCUGAGAAAAGUAGAAGCUGUUGAACGAUUGGUUGAAGCAGCAGAAGACUCAGAUCUGUACCACGAGUUCAAUUCCUCCUUGGUGUUUGAUUAUUACAAUGCUGUUCUCAUUAACGAAAAGGAUGAGAAUGAUAAUUAUGUGGAGCUUGGUGAUGAAUUUAUACUGGAACCAAAUGAGCACUUUAGUAACCUGCUGGUGAACACAACAUUCAGUGACAUACAGCUUCCAACUAAUGUCUACAACAAAGAUCCUGAAAUUUUGAAUGGGGUUUAUAUGUCUGAAUCACUGAACGCUGUUUUUGUCGACAAUUUUGAAAGAGAUCCUACUCUCACUUGGCAAUAUUUUGGCAGUUCUACAGGAUUCUUCAGACUUUACCCAGGGAUGAAAUGGACAACAGAUAAAAAUGGAGUCCUGUCCUUUGACUGCAGAAAUCGAGGCUGGCUGCUCCAGGCUGCUACAUCACCCAAAGAUAUUGUAAUUCUGGUGGACAUCAGUGGGAAUGGUCUGCGACUAACCAUUGCCAAACACACCAUCGUCACCAUUUUGGACACGCUGGGAGAAAAUGACUUUGUUAAUAUUAUUGCUUACAAUGAUUAUGUUCAUUACAUUGAAUCCUGUUUUAAGGGGAUCCUGGUUCAAGCAGACAGAGAUAACAGAGAGCAUUUCAAGCAGCUGGUGGGUGAGUUGCAUACAGAAGGAGUUGGGACAGUGAACAAAGCCCUGACAGAAUCCUUCAGAAUCCUGAGGAAGUUCAGAAAUGCUGGUCAAGGAGGUCUUUGUAACCAAGCCAUCAUGCUGAUCACUGAUGGAGCUAUGGAAGAUUAUGAAUAUGUCUUUGAAAAAUUCAACUGGCCUGGUCGUCAGGUACGGGUUUUUACUUAUCUUAUCGGGAGGGAAGUCAGCUUUGCACAGAACAUGAAAUGGAUAGCAUGCAACAACAAAGCUGCUCUAGUUGAGAAAGGGGAGGAGGCGUGGGAAGCACAGCUUCUGUCUCUUGAGACUGAAGGAGGAGUGGAGAUGGCCUUUAUGGGAACUCAUGGUCUCAUGAGGAGCUCCCUCUAUGUUGGAUCUGAGAAACUCUCAAACAGGAAAUUCUUGACCCACAAUGAUAAGGACAGCAUCUUCACCAUGGACCACUUCCCACUUUGGUACCGCCGAGCAGCUGAACAUCCUUCAGGAAGCUUUAUUUAUAGCAUUCCUUCUGAAGGAGCUUCAGAAGGAGGCAUGCCUGAAGUGGUACCAGUGAGCACAUCUGUGGCUGUGACUGUGGAUUGGAAGACUGGAAUCACUGCAGCUGUGGGUGUGCAAAUUAAACUAGAGGUACUCCAACGCAAGUUCUGGAUAGCUACACAGCAGCCCAAUGACACUGAUUGCGGUGGUGUGGAUGGCUUGUGUCCCUUGAACUGUCAGGAUGAUAAUCUGAACUGCUUCCUCAUUGAUAAUAAUGGAUUCAUACUUGUUUCCAAAGCCUCCAAACAGACCAGCAAAUUUUUGGGGGAAGUAGAUGGCUCUAUUAUGUCCCAGCUUGUAACCAUGGGAAUGUUCAAACAGGUGAAAAUGUUUGAUUACCAAGCCAUGUGUAAAAUGCCCCACCACCACCAUAGUGGCGCUCAUCCUCUUCUCAGUCCAGUUUAUGCCUUAUUGCCAACAAUAAAGUGGCUGGUAACUGACUUCCUCGUAUUCUUUUUGGAGUUUAACAUAUCUGGCUUCUGGCACAAAGACAAUUUGGCAGAUGCCAAGGCUGUUUUCCAUCAAGCUCACAAGCAUAAGAAGCAUGAUACGCUGCAGCUGUGUGACACAGAAUACCCUGUGUUUGUGCAUGAGCCUGCCAUCAAAGAGACCAGUGGGAUCAUUGAAUGCGGAGACUGUCAGAAGAUGUUUGUGGUGCAGCAAAUUCCCAACAGCAACCUCCUGCUCCUAGUUAUAGAUGCUGUCUGUGACUGCAUCAUCUUUCCACCUGUCCUACUGCAACCUAAAGAAGUCAGAUAUAAUGCUUCAGUGAAGUGUGACAGGAUGCGCUCCCAGAAGCUGAGGCGGCGACCAGACACCUGCCAUGCAUUCCAUCUUGAGGAAAAUGCCCAAGACUGUGGAGGAGCUGCAGAGAUUUCAGCCUCAUUGGCCCUGCUCUUUCUUCCCCUGGGAACCACAGGUCUUCUCCUGCGGUGACCAAGUCCAUCACAGUACUCUAGUUUGGAUCAGAAAGGCAAAUGUGGUGCUAUUUUGAGGGGGACACUAUUUGGGCCCUUAGUCAACUUCUCUGUCUCUCUCUCUCUCUCCCCCCCCCAAUCACCCACCUGUGUGAUCUUACAGCUCACUCACCUGCCCUGCCUUAGUAGCAUGGAACAGUUUACAUGGGUGAGGAACGGACCUGGGAUGAUGGGUGGCAUUUGCAGAAAGUAUGGGUUGUCUAUCCUACCAUUCAAUUACACAGUGGCUUCCUCCACCUAAGAAGCAGGUUCUAUCAGUGCUAUUGACCAGAGACAGACGUCCUUUCUUCUAAGUAACAGAUGCUUGGCCAGUGCUGCUAAUGUCACCUUCUUGGAGGCACUGGGUAAAAUUUGCCUCUGAACUAGAACUUUAGCCAGCAGCACAGAUUCUUCUGUAUCGUUGUCAAGGAACUGAAGAACAAGAUUGCAAAGGCUUUGGCAAAGAUUCCUAUAUCUAGCAGGGAAUGUUACUGCAGGUACUGCUUCUCCAAUCACUGUAGCACUGUGAUUGGUAGGUGUGAUUUCAGCCAAUUUGUUCCUGCCACUGUGCCUAUUGAAAGCAGCAGAGCCCUUCUAAGGCUACACAGAGAGCUUUGCUGUAAAACAGCUGAUGCAGCCAACGGUUAGAUGCAUCGGUUUGAUGUGGAAAUAGCUCAAUGAUGAGUUCUAUUUCAGGAGUCAUGAUACAUUAUGGGGAAGGGCUGUACCGCAGAGGUGGUGCAUCUGCUUUGUAUGCAGAUGGUUUCAGGUCCAAUCCCUGGCAUCUCCAGAUAGGGAUGCUGGGAGAACUCCCCAUGUGAAACGCUGGAGAGCCAAUGCCAGUAACAGUAGACAGUACUGAGUUAGAUAGACCAAUGGGCUGCUUCCUCCAUUCCUACACUGUGAAAGCUGGCUUCCAGUCUAGCCAUAGCGAUACUCCUUAUAUCCACACCUCUGGCACUUCCUCAGCUUCAUAACACUGGGAAAGGAGGUGAGCCAUGGUUCUCUUGUGUAGGUUACAAAAUGAACAGCUUUAAAGUUGGUCAGACUGACCUUGUUCAUUAGGGCAGAAUAGUUUUGGUAGACAUUUAUUUACAAGUAGACUGUUGGGGGUGGUUAACAGAUGCACAGAAAAUAAUCUGAAUAUGAUCCAUAUUUAAUGAGGCAGUGUCAUAGGUCAGGUUGUCACCUCCUAAUAGCCACUCUUUUAUUUUCUUUAUAGACACUCUAUUCUUGAGUGUUUUGCCAGACAAACUGAUGGCACAGGUUGUAUAAUGCAGUCUUGAGUAGUUAUCAGAGAAGGGGUUAAACACCAAAAAAGACACACACCGAUGAGGAAUUUCUCUCAACUUUUAAAAACCAUUUUUCCUUAUGAAGAAACCUAUGGGCAAAAUUUUCACCACAUCCUGAUAAGUUUUUAUGUUCCUAGGCUCAGCAGUUUAGGUGGCAGGCUUGGACCGCAGGUUGGAAAGCCAAAUGGCAGGUACUCUUACCUUAAGACCUCAAAAAUGGAGACAGCAAGAGGAAGAAGGCCUAGCACAGAAUGGCUGGCAUGCCUUUUAAGAACAUAAGAACAUAAGAAGAGCCUGCUGGAUCAGGCCAGUGGCCCAUCUAGUCCAGCAUCCUGUUCUCACAGUGGCCAACCAGGUGCCUGGGGGAAGCCCGCAAGCAGGACCCGAGUGCAAGAACACUGUCCCCUCCUGAGGCUUCUGGCAACUGGUUUUCAGGAGCAUGCUGCCUCUGACUAGGGUAGCAGAGCACCGCCAUCACGGCUAAUAGCCAUUGAUAGCCCUGUCCUCCAUGAAUUUGUCUAAUCUUUUAAAGCCAUCCAAGCUGGUGGCCAUUACUGCGUCUUGUGGGAGCAAAUUCCAUAGUUUAACUAUGCGCUGAGUAAAGAAGUACUUCCUUUUGUCUGCCCUGAAUCUUCCAACAUUCAGCUUCUUUGAAUGUCCACAAGUUCUAGUAUUAUAUGAGAGGGAGAAAAACUUUUCUCUAUCCACUUUCUCCAUGCCAUGCAUAAUGUUAUACACUUCUAUCAUGUCUCCUCUGACCCACCUUUUCUCUAAACUAAAAAGCCCCAAAUGCUGCAACCUUUCUUCGUAAGGGAGUCGCUCCAUCCCCUUGAUCAGUCUGGUUGCCCUCUUCUGAACCUUUUCCAAUUCUAUAAUAUCCUUUUUGAGAUGAGGCAACCAGAACUGUACACAGUAUUCCAAAUGCGGCCGCACCAUAGAUUUAUACAACGGCAUUAUGAUAUCGGCUGUUUUAUUUUCAAUACCUUUCCUAAUUAUCCCUAGCAUGGAAUUUGCCUUUUUCACAGCUGCCGUACACUUGGUCGACAUUUUCAUCGUGCUGUCCACUACAACCCCGAGGUCUCUCUCCUGGUUGGCCAGUUCAGACCCCAUGAGCAUAUAUGUGAAAUUAAGAUUUUUUGCUCCAAUAUGCAUCAUUUUACACUUGUUUAUAUUGAAUUGCAUUUGCCAUUUUUCCGCCCAUUCACUCAGUUUGGAGAGGUCUUUUUGGAGCUCUUCGCAAUCCCUUUUUGUUUUAACAACCCUGAACAAUUUAGUAUCGUCAGCAAACUUGGCCGCUUCACUGCUGACUCCUAAUUCUAGGUUAUUAAUAAACAAGUUGAAAAGUACAGGUCCCAAUACCGAUCCUUGAGGGACUCCACUUUCUACAGCCCUCCAUUGGGAAAACUGUCCAUUUAUUCCUACUCUCUGCUUUCUGCUUCUUAACCAAUUCCUUAUCCACAAGAGGACCUCUCCUCUU